AUGGAGUACACGGAGCCGGCGAGGAGCUCCAGAGCAAAGCUGACGAGGAACUCAAGAGCAAGUUCAGCGGGUCUCGGAUCACUGUGCGGUUCGAGCCCCGAGGCAGUCCCCAUCGCCGGCAGGCGUGAUCGCAGCAAUGUCUCCACAUUCGCGGACGCACGCAGCUCGCAGAUUACCGAGGCAAGUGUGACGCAGUCCGCCUCCAUGCAAGAGAGAAACAGGUUCUGCAAUCGCGUGAGGAGGUCUGCGAUCAAUAGAUCGAAUAGACUAUCGCAACAGCUAAAUACUAAAAAUGAUAUUGCCUCGUUUGUGAAGAGCCGCUUCUUCAGCGCUGUAUCCGCCUCCGUCAUCUUGGUGAGCACAGCGCUGAUUGGUAUUGAGACCCAAGCUCUUUCCAGCCUGUCCAACCAAAGGUCAGGGUCGGAUCACCUCUUAGUUUAUCUAUCAGUAUCGAAUCACUGUCUCACGUUUCUUUACCUCGCGGAGGUGGUACUGCGCAUAAAAGUCUUAGGAAUCAUGCACCCCAAGGACAGGUGGUGGAAUCUAUUCGACAUCGCCAUCCUGCUUCUGGCGCUCGCCGAGGUUAUUCUGGACAUCGUCGUGCGCGCGUUCUUCGGCAAGGAUAGCAACCUCUUCGAUAACGGUGGAAUGGCGAAGAUGCUGCGCCUCUUUCGCCUUGCCCGGCUUCUCCGCAUCGUUCGAACGUUUCGCCAAUUGAAGCCUUUGCGAGUGCUUGUGCAUUCUAUCGCAUCUGCCGGCAAGUCUGUUGUUUGGGCUCUCAUGUUGCUCGUCAUGAUCGUGUUUGCCUUUGCAGUUAUCUUGACGCAGGCUGUGUCUGAGCAUACCGAAGGUGGCACCCGAAUAGAUGACGGUGAUCUAGUCAAGUAUUACGGAGACCUUUUCCGGUCAAUGUUGAGUCUUUGGAUGGCCGUGUCUGGGGGUAUUAGUUGGCACGAGCUCACCGCGCCCCUGAAGGAAAUGGGAACCGCCGCUUGGAUGAUGCUGUUUCUAUCAUAUAUUACCUUCGUAUAUUUCUUCGUGCUCAAUGUGGUGACUGGUGUCUUCUGUCAGAAUGCAAUCGAAGGGGCUCAAACGGAUCUGGAUCUCACCAUCGAGGCCCAGUUCAAGGAGAAGGAGGUAUACGCAAACCGCCUGAAGCUGCUCUUCGAGGAGAUGAAUGCGGAUCACGAUGCCAACUACGAGGGGCUGACAGCAGCCGAUAUAUACGAGCAGAUGGAGAAGCCAAAGGUGCAGUCGUGGUUCAAGGCUAUGGACAUCGACGCGAAGCAGGCGUGGAAGUUGUUCAAGGCCCUCGACCCAGCAAACUCUGGCAUAAUCUCUCUGCAGGAUUUCGUGGAGGGGUGCCUGCAGAUGAAGGGGUCGGCUACUCGCGUUGACGUGGAGUCGCUGAAGUGGGAGAUCAGAGCUGCGAAUAGGCGCGCCGAGCGCAAGGCUGAGAGAAUCGCCCAGCUUCUAGAAGCCAUUCCAGGAUCGGAGGUCGCACUUUGCGCCGCCUGUCGCGGAUCUGGUGCCGGGUGA